CUGUCACAUCCCCUCGCACUUAUCUUAUACAAACUAUUGCACCACAUUCUUCUUUCCUUUGGUGACUGAAAAUUGCACUACAUAUAUAAAAGGCUUAGGUUAUGUACAUGAUACUCUCGCAGCCUCUCUCACGUUAUGUUGUGGAAUUAACCCUUUCCAAAAUCCAUGGCUUCUGCUCGCAUAUCUGAUUGUGUCAAAGAUUCACGUCUUCCCCUUAGGCCAACGUUCGUGAACCUCUAUAAGUGGCCAGAAUCUGAUGUAGAAUUUGUGAAGACUGUGAACUCUAACAGUCCUAGAGGAAUUGAUAGCUUCUCGUGUAGGCAAAUGUACUUGAGGAGCUACAAAUUCUCUAGGAAGAAAGUUGGUGUCACUCAGAAGACCCUCAAGUGUUUCAACAAACUUAAGGAGAGUGUGGUUUGUGCUACCAAUAGAUUAAAUUUUAAGGGUAAGUGUAAGGUUCUAGGAAGGGCCAAGGAUGUUACUUUUGCUGCCUUCUCAAUCUUUCAGACCCUUCUACCAUGCUCUGCCAAGGUCGAUGUGCUUCAUCGUGAUUUCUAAUCUCAUGGUUUUUAUAUAUGUUCUGCUAUGUAACGUGUGUUAUGAAAAGUUAGAGAAAUGGGUUAUGAAAAUUUCGACCACAAUUAUUGCAGCAAUUGUUUUCAGCGGCAGAUUAAUAUUAAAGCUGUUAUUAUGCGUGAGACUUGAAUAAAAAUGACUAUA